ACGUCUUCGACGAGAAAACGAAGCGCAAGUGGCAACGGGAGGCCGGCGCGGGGAAACGGCGGAAGGGAUGGUGGGGAAGAAGAAGGUCGUGCCCGAGUGGCUCAAUAGCCCUCUUUGGUCCUCCAAUCUCUCCGACGAUCGCCGCAGCUCCCGCUACGAGACAAGAACCCUAUCUCCGGAACCUUCUUCUCCUCCUCCUCCGGCGCCGCCGCGGCCUGAGCCAUCCCCUUCCCGGCCGCGGCUCGCCGUGGCUCAGAGGUCGGAGAUCGGAGCCCACUCCGGUGAGCUGAGCCCGUCUUGGUCCUCGCUGGAGGAGGAAUCCCGCGAGUCCCAGCUCCUGGCCGACUUCCAGAUCACGUUAUCUAGUAGGAUCAUCAACCUAGGGGAAUUGCGGAGGUUGGCAUUCCAGGGUAUUCCGCAUGGCGUUCGUCCAACAGCAUGGAAGCUAUUGUUGGGGUAUUUGCCACUAGAUCGGACGUUGUGGGCACAUGAAUUGGAAAAGAAGCAGACUCAAUAUUACACUUUAAUGGACGAGCUUCUACGGAACCCCUCGGAGAUCACCCGUAGAAUGGAAGAUUCAGCUGGUUCCAAGAAUGAAGAAUUAAGUUGUCUAAGUACUGGCUUGCUUUCGAGGUCAAAGAUUAUUCAUGGGGAACAUCCUCUGAGUCUUAUGAAGAGUAGCGUGUGGAACCAAUACUUCCAGGAGGCAGAGAUACUGGAGCAGAUAGAUCGAGAUGUAAAACGUACUCAUCCAGAUAUGGAUUUUUUUUGUGGAGGCUCAUCUCUUGCAAAAUCUAAUCAGGAAGCUUUAAGGCGCAUACUUAUUAUCUUUGCAAAAUUAAAUCCUGGAAUAAAAUAUGUGCAGGGAAUGAAUGAAAUUUUAGCACCUCUGUUCUAUGUAUUCAGGAAUGACCCAGAUGAAACUAACGCUUCUCAUGCAGAAGUGGAUACAUUUUGCUGCUUUGUCGAGUUAUUGAGCAUAUUCAGGGACAACUUUUGCAAGCAGCUUGACAAUAGCCUUGUUGGUAUCCGUUCAACAAUAGAAAAAUUAUCACAACUUUUAAAAAGGCAUGAUGAAGAGCUUUGGCGUCAAUUAGAAGUAACAACAAAAGUAAAUCCUCAAUUCUACGCAUUUAGAUGGAUCACACUACUACUGACUCAAGAGUUCAACUUUAGUGAUUGUCUUCGCAUUUGGGAUACUCUUUUUAGUGAUCCAGAAGGUCCUCAGGAAACCCUACUCCGAAUAUGCUGUGCUAUGUUAAUAUUUGUUCGAAGGCGGCUCUUAGCUGGUGAUUUCACUUCUAAUCUCAAGCUUUUACAAAAUUAUCCAACUGCAAACAUCAACCAUCUCCUGCAUGUUGCUAACAAGUUGCGAGGACCAACAGUUGACUAACCAUCCAUUCUUUCUACUUGCUUUUUUUCUGACACUUACGUCCAUUAGCCGUUAGCUAUAUAAAAUCUUAGAACGUCAGACACACUGAUGAUCAGUGACUCGAGCUUCACAGGUUUCUGGUUUCUUAAUAAGGAUGGCUAUUCUUUUUCAAUGGGUUUUCACUCCACGACCAAGAACUACCUGACUACAUGGUUGCAAUUUCCUUAAGUCCAUGGUCGAAUUAUUGUGAUUUAUCAGUGUGCUGUUCUCGGAUGAAACUUCGGCAUAUUUGAGUAUUGGAAAAUUACAGUAACUGUGGUUCAGAGAUGUUUAUUCAGAGUCCAACAGGGUUGUUCUGUGGUGGAGUUUCAACUGUUGUGAGAAAAAUGAGUUGACUUAUAGAAAACUUUCACCGAUUUCACUUGUAGAUAAUGGGAGGCCUAUGUGCAAAAGGGGAUCAUUUUAGGUGUUUGAUCCUCUUACAUUUCACUUUGGUACUCAAAAUCAUGCAUUCGAAAUUGUAUUGGAUACAGAUAGUGGGUGAUUAUGACUUGAUGCAUGCAUCUAUUAUUGUGAUUAGGAAUGUUUUAAGAUACAUGCCCCUAUUGUAUCUGUCCUGAGGAUGCAUUACCUGUUGUAUGGAUUUAAACUGUGUUGUUCUCA